UCAUUCUGAAAGUGAAAGUAAAGGUUAGAUUGUUGAAGAAACAGUAAAGAUGGAUUCACUAUUUGUGGAAGAACUUAACUGUCCUGUGUGUUAUGAAAUCUUCAAGGAUCCUGUUGUUUUAUCAUGUAGUCACAGUUUCUGUAAAGAGUGUCUUCAACGGUUCUGGAGAACCAAGGACACUCAGGAGUGUCCUGUCUGCAGGAGAAGAUCCUCGAGGGAUGAUCCUCCAACUAAUCUUGUGUUAAGAAACGUGUGCGAGUCGUUUCUGAAGGAGAGGAACGAGAAGUGUUCGUCAGGAUCUGAGGGGAUCUGCAGUUCACACGGUGAGAAACUCAAACUCUUCUGUCUGGAGGACAAACAACCGGUGUGUUUAGUGUGUAGAGAUUCACAAACACACGACAACCACAAAUUCAGACCCAUCAGUGAAGAGGUUUCAUCAUAUAAGGAGAAGCUAAAUAUAGCACUGAAAUCCUUACAAGCGAAACUUAAACACAAAGAGAACAUUAGAGGGGAAUUUGAGAAAACAGUUCAACACAUCAAGUCUCAAGCUGAGCACACAGAGCGUCAGAUUAAACAGCAGUUUGAGAAGCUUCAUCAGUUUCUCAGAGAUGAAGAAGAAGAUGCAAUCACUGCACUGAGGGAGGAAGAGGAGCAGAAGAAGCAGAUGAUGAAGGAGAAGCUGGAGGAGAUCAACAGACACAUCUCAGCUCUUUCACACACAAUCAAAGACACAGAGGAGACGAUGGAAGCCAAUGACAUCUCCUUUCUACAGGAGUUUCCAGUGUCAAUGGAAAGAGUCCAGAUCCCAUCAGAGCCGGAUCCACAGACUCCUUCUGGAGCCUUGAUUCAUGUGCCACGAUACUUAGGAAACCUUCCCUUCAGAGUCUGGAAGAAGAUGAGGGACAUCAUCCAAUACACUCCUGUGAUUCUGGAUCCAAACACGGCUCAUGCAUCUCUCGUCCUCUCUGAUGAUCUGACCAGUGUGAAAGACCGCUGGAACAAACAUCCGCUUCCUGAUAAUCCAGAGAGAUUGGACAGCUAUCCCUGUGUUCUGGGUUCGGAGGGGUUUAACUCGGGAACACACUGCUGGGACGUGGAGGUUGAAGGGAAUUCCUACUGGAUUCUUGGAGUAACGACAGCAUCGAACCAAAGGAAGGGACGUGAGUUCUUUGACACUGACGUGUGGAGUGUGCAGUACGGACUUUAUAUAAGGUCCGGUUUUCCUGUUGAACAGGGUCUUGAGUGUGUGAGAGUGUAUCUGGACUAUGACAGAGGAAUGGUGUUGUUCUCCGAUCCUGUAACUAACACACGUCUACACACAUUCACAACCACCUUCACCGACACGGUCUUUCCGUUCUUCGAAACCGCUUCCUCUCUCAGAGUCUUGCCGUUCAAAAUGUAG